AUGCGUUCCGCUCUGCUGUUGCUGGCCAUCAUCUCAUUCGCAUUCGCUUGUGAUAUCAUCGUACACGUCAAGUCCGACACGGAUAAGAAGUUCUCAGCUCAAGUCACCGCCAGCAACGGAAAGAAGAGCGAUAAAUGGAAGUUCACAAAGAAACUACAGAAGAACACCUUCCAUCAGAAACCCGAAGAAUGUGGCCUGAAGGACUGGGAAAUUGACACUUAUGAUGAAGCCGGCAAACUUGCUCACAACGUUAAGGUAACCUUGGAUGGAAUCGGUCGCGUCACAUACAAAGUCGGAGACGACCUGAUGCCAACGCAGAAGGACCGCCAAGGAGCUACUUGCAAAGGACAAUGCGCUCCUCUGUAA